ACCACGGAGAGCUGCCGUCAAGAUGACUCAAUUCGGUUUCCACACCACCGGCCAGCAGGUUGUCGAGGCAUUCCCAGAGCAGGCCAAAGGCAGGACCUUCGCCGUCACUGGCGCCAGCGAGAAUGGACUCGGAGCCACCACCGCCACCUCCCUGGCCCACGGGCACCCCGCCGCCAUCUUCCUCCUCGCGCGUAGCGAAUCCAAAAUCACACCCGUCAUCCAGAAGAUCCACGCGAUCGAUCCGUCGAUCAAAGCCGUCUUCGUGAACGUCGACCUCACCGACCUCGACUCCAUCCGCGCCGCCGCCUCUGCGAUCCAAUCGCAAACCUCUAAACUUGACGUCCUCAUCAAUAACGCCGGCGCAUACAGCCCCUGGGAGAGCUACGGGCAGAGCAAGGCCGCCAACAUCCUCUUCAGCCUGGAGCUCGCGAAGCGGGGCGCGGCCAGGGGACUCCUCGCGUUUAGCGUGCACCCGGGAAGUAUUUACGAGACAAACCUCGUGGCCCAUCUUACCCAGGAGCAGGUCCAGAACAUUGGUGAGAUGGCGAAGUCGUAUGGUUUUGAGAUCGACCCGCGGAAGACGAAAGAGGAGGGAUGCGCGACGUCGUUGGUGGCGGCGUUGGAUCCGCGGGUGGAGAGCCAGAGCGGGAAGUAUUUUGUGGAUUGCGCGGUGAAGCAGCAGAAGGCCUGGGCGGCGGAUCCGGAGGAUGCGGCGAGGUUGUGGACGUUGAGUGAGGAGCUUGUGGGGCAGAAGUUUGAGUUGUGA